AGCCCUGAAAGCUUUGGUAGCUGCUUGCUUCACCAUCUUUGGUUUCUAAUGCAGAAGCUGCACUGAGGACAGAAGACAGGAAACAGAAGGAAGCGGCCGCUGCGUGUUUGCCAGGAUGGAAGCGGGGGGAUUACUGGAGGAUUGCCUCAGAGCAGCAGAAACUCCUUUAUGUGCACAGGUCUCUGAAGCUGUGAGGCUGGACUACUGUCGUUGUAAAGAAUCGCUGUGUGAAGAACUGGCCUCUCUGCUGCGGGAGGCUGUGGAGAUGAAGUGGCCCUUUGUGCCAGAGAAGUGGCAGUAUAAGCUGUCCAUCAGUCCCAAAGACAAGACCAACCUCAGUGACCUCAUCAGCAAACAUGUGCACUCGCUCUUGGACCUUCUGAGGACAUCCAUCAGGGCUCAGGAGCCACAUACAUCCCUGGCAGUGGUCUUCUUAGUGGACCGCUUCCUCUAUUGGACCGAUGAAUCCAGCCGGCUUCUAAAGAUCACCAAGCUGCUCCACAAGAGGCACCCAGACACCCCCGUGGCCCCUCAGCUGGUCAUACGGCAGGCCAGGGUCUUCCUUAACUCUGGGAAGCUCCAAAAGGCAGAGUCCAUCCUGAGCAGUUUGAUUUAUAGAAAUGGAACCACAGGUUGCUGGGUCUACCGCUCUGACAGCGACAAGACGCUGGUGCAAGCUGUCAGUGUUCAAGUGCGCGGAAUGGUUUUGCAAAAGCUAGGCCUUUGGCUGCAGGCUGCAGAGCUAAUCUGGGCUUCUCUUGUUGGCUAUUACUCACUCCCUCAGCCUGAUAAAAAGGGCAUUGGAACCUCUCUGGGCUUACUGGCUAACAUAUUGGUGUCCAUGAAUGAUGAAGACUUCCGUGCUUUCAAGAGUAAUCCAGAUAUUGAUUUUCCGUCUCUACUUGGGGACAGCGGGAGUCAUCGUCUUCUUUCGGCCGCCCAGGCAGCUAAGAUGGCUGUGGUGUACAGUCAGUACACUUCACUUUAUGUGCUGACCAAUGUGACGGCUCAAGGAACCUGCUUGCUGUCCUACAGCUUCUCACCAGCAUGCCCCGCCUCUGAAAGAGCCUCCUUCCUCCAGGAGGCUCGAGAGGCCUUUGCAAUCGGCCUCCUCACUAAAGCGGAGGGCGAGGUGGUCACCAGCCAGCAGGAGCUGCACACCUUCCUCAAGGCAGCCUAUUCCAUCACCGUCACUGACAAGUGGCUGGACGCUCCCAAGGAGGCGGUGAUGAAGGCUGGUCAAGCUUGUCAGCAGGCUUUAGGGCUUUUCUACAAAUACUGUCAUGCAGGCACUCCAGACAAAGAUGGCCUGUGUGUCGAAAUCAUGCAUGAAGUCACCCGAGUCAAGCAUCUGCUGGGCGUGGAGCCGUUCCCUAAUUCAGAGAAGGGCUCCUUUAUCCCCGACAGCUACAGAAACGUCACAGAUGCCUCCGUGAAUUUCACCCAGGAGGGUUUCUCAAAGACGCUGGUGAGAUUUCAGAAAUAUCACGCGUCGCUGUGCGAAGGCGCCAAAAGUUGCAAGGGUACCGACGGCAAGGCAGCAGCGCAGCUGUGUUUAACAGCGCUGGACACAACCGUGGGCCCGGUUACCACGGAAAGUUUUCCAGAAGCAUCGAAGCAAAAACCGAGGAGCUCCCGUUCAUCCAGCGUGUUCCCUUCUAAAAAUGCCGACUUGUCUCCAACCCUGGAAAGCACGGACCCCCUGGGAUCCUCUUGGCAAAAGCUCUCCAUGACCGGUUCAGGCUCUCCUCGGCCGAGCAGCGGCGGGCGCAGACAAGGAGCGAGCGUGAGCGAUCAGAGCAGCAUUCCCACUGAGAGCGACGACGACGGCGGCUGUUCACAGUCUGCCGAUGAAAGCGAGAAGCCGAAGCCGCAGGUUCGUAACUCCGGUAUCAGCUCCAGUCCAGUUCCAAAGUCCACAACUCCUAAUUCCCUGAGUCAUUCUCCACGGUUUGAAGUCAUUCAAGCUGGAGUCGAGACGGUAGACUACGACACGGACCACAUGACUAACGUCGACGACGUGGAAACCGAAGGAUCGCUGCAUUCCCUGUCCCAGCUAGCUCUCAAAACAUCUUCCAGUUCCCUCGGUGAGAGUUUCGGUUCCCGGUCGUCUUGGGAGAAAAUCUCAACUGGCCAAAGCUCCCCCGCAUGGGAAAGAUCACAGCCGAGUUCUCUAUCAAAAUCCCGAAGUAAGUCUGCAGGCUCCGACGGGAGCUUCUUCAUCAUGGACACGCUCGAUUCUGAAAGCAGCUGCUCACCGGGUGGCGUCACAGAUCAGGGCAACGCAGAGGGGCCUUCGCCUCUGGAGAGCCAUGAUCCAGCCCAAUCAAAUCCCCUAAAACCUGGAAGCCACAGAGCCCCCAUGGCCCAACGCAAGCCUUCACAGGGGGUCUCAGACUCAAGUGCGCCCACCGAGGGCUCUGAAGAGAGUUCCUUCGAGAUGCUGGGGGUCAGUCAAAAUGGCCACCGAGGCAAGGAAGCGACUGCUGCAGAAAAAGACCCUCAGACGUCUGCACUGUGCUACAGAUGUCUGCACCAGAGCGCAGCAGCGCCGGCUCCUGAUGGACAGUUCAUGUUGUCCCAGCAGGAUUACCAGGCUCUGCUGGCUGGGAUCUGCCAUGAAUGUCUGCUGAGGAGGCUGCGCAGCAAGACCACACUGUUCAAACUACAAAAUGUUCAGACGGCCUACAAUGCUCUUCAUCUAAAGUUCUCCAAGGCCACAGGAUUGUGGACAGCCAGAGAGACCUGUGUUUACAUCGGGGAUCUGAUGGAGAUGGAGGGCAAACAGAGAAGAGCAAUAUGGGUCCAGUUUUUGCACCAGGAGGAGCGGUUAAGCAGUUAUGUAGGGAAGGAUUACUUGAAGCCCAGAGAAAUCCAGUUUCACCUAAACGACGUGGAGCGACAGAUGACAGCUCAGUACUACGUGACUGAAUUCAACAAGAGUCUCUAUGAUAAAGAGGUCUUGGCUCAGAUCUUCUUCAUCCCCUCUGACGCGUUGUUGAUCCUAAACGGAGAUGAGAUCGUGGGCUGCAUAACAGUGGAGCCAUACAUGCUGGGCGACUUCGUCAAACUCACCAACAACACUGGGAAGAAAAAAAUGGACGUCGAGGCUACAAAAUACGGCCUGGCCUUCGGGCACUUCACCUACCUGUUCUCUGGGGGCCAGGAGGUUGUUGUGGACCUGCAAGGAUGGACGACUUCCAACGGAAAAGGUCUGACCUACCUCACCGACCCACAGAUUCACUCCACCAGAACCCCUCGAGGGCCCUCGAACUUUGCUGAAAGGGGGCUUGAAUAUUUCCUGAAAGACCAACAUGGACCGACCUGCAACGAGGUCUGCAACCUGCUCAAACUUCCUCCACUCACCGAGCAGCCACAUGUUUAAAGAGCUGGAGCGUGCAUGUACUGACUGAUGCUUGUGAUGCUUUUUUUUGUCAGAGAUUUACAGAAAGUGGCUCUGGUUUUACUCUCUACGUGUCGGCAGCAUAUGUUUAAAUGAUGCAAUGACCUGUUAAAUUAUUAAAAACUAUGUCUGCAUU